GUGGUGAAAUGCGUGUUAAUUGCAAGUCGUGGUUUCCUCAAUGAGCAGUUCCUAAAUUAUCUCAUGGAUUAUGCUGAUAAACACGGAAACAAGAUAAUUCUAGAAAGUCGGAGUAAAUUCUUACUUGCUCAUGCCAGCAGUGGCUUCAAACAUGCUCUCAAAGAAGUACUUCUAGACCCUUGUGUAGCUGCUCGCCUCGCAGAUACCAAAGCCCAGAGUGAGGUCAAGGCACUUAACAUGUUCUACGAGUUAAUGGCAACUGAUGCCGCUCGAGCCUUUUAUGGCUAUAAGCAUGUAAAAAUGGCCAAUGAACACUCGGCCAUUGAUACAUUAAUGUUAUCCGACUCGUUAUUCAGGUCCAAUGACAUUCAGUUAAGGAAAAAAUUUGUCGAACUUGUCGACUCUGUAAAAGCACAGGCAAGUUUCGAAAAGAAACUUGUUCUUGUAAUAACACGAAUUUUUCAGGGUGUCACUGUUUUGAUUUUUUCAUCAAUGCAUGUCUCUGGUGAACAGCUAAGUGCGUUGAGUGGAGUGGCAGCCAUCUUAAGAUUUCCACUACAUGAACUGGAAGAUGAAGAAAUGUCGGAUAAUGAAGAAGAUAUGAGCGCACUCACGAAUUAG